AUGCUACGGAAUCUGUUCGGUGGGUCGAGGAUACUUCCCCUGCUGUAUCUGCCGAGCUGGAUGAACCUGGCAGGCUACGGAGCUGGUGUGGCCACCGCUUUCAUACUCCACCACAAUCAGAGGAAUGGAAUCGACUUAGCGGAAAACAAGCUGUUCAACCUGCUGUUCCACGCGUCGCUGACCCUGGGGGGCGGCGUGGUGCUGGCGGGGGUGGUCUUCCUGUCGGACAGCCCUCCGCCCCAGUGGGCGAUCGCGGUCUACUCCGGCCUGGACAGAACUCUGGUGGCGGUGUUCUUCAACGUCUUCAUGCUGGGCUGCUUCAGCCGGUGCAAAUCUCUGCUCCGGGACGCGCUGGAGUGGAGGGGCUUCCACCCGCUGGGGCGGCUCUCCUACUGCGCCUUCCUCAUCCACUUCAUCGUGCUACGUCUCACCCUCGCGUCCAACACUCAGCUGGGGCACGCCACGCUGCUCUCCAUGAUAUCACUGUUAAUUACGGCGUCCGUCUUGACGUACGCCGCUUCUCUGCCACUCUGUCUGCUUCUGGAGCUGCCGGCGAUCCAGCUAUGGAAGGCGGCCACGGGGUCAGAGAGAGGUCCUAACCCUCAAACCGCCCUAUCUCAAACACAGGAUGUCCCAUCCGCACAUAAGUUCGACUUCGUGGAACACAUACGGCGCACGGUUGUU